AUGGCGACGUCAGCGAGCACGUCCGGCGAGUGGCUGAAGGGCGCCCUGCAGGGACUUCGGGAACGUAAGGGCAGCUCGCUGGAGUUCGACUCGGAUCUCAUCUCGGGCCUCGUGUCCUUCUGCGAGCUCGCGCCUCCCUCCGACGCCACCAACUAUCUCGAGAAUUUUAUUGGAAAAGAAGCUGCUCAGGACAUCAUUCAAGAGUACUUGAGGAGGAGGGGUCACAUUGGUUCCUCAAAUGGAACUGAGAGCUUUCAAUCAUCUAACCUUCAGCCUUAUGUUAAGCCAUCGGCUGAUGCAGCAACUACACAGACAAAGAAACAAACACGCACGCAAAAAGAUUCAGCAUCUUCUUCUAGUCAGAGUUCCAAGAGUCAAUCAGAAACUGCAGAAUCACAACUUCCUUCCAAGAGAGGUUCAAAAAAGAAAGGAGCAAAGGCUAUUUCCCUCGCUGAGGCAGCAAAAGGUUCUAUUGUCUUCAAGCAGGGGAAACCUUGUUCAUGCCAAGCACGACAACAUAACCUUGUCAGCAACUGCUUAUCAUGUGGCAAGAUUGUGUGCGAACAAGAGGGCGAGGGACCGUGUAGUUUCUGUGGUGCACUUGUCUUGAAGGAAGGUAGCACUUAUGCUGGUUUAAGUGAUGCCGGGCUACCUCUUUCAGAAGCAGAAGCUGCAGCUGAAGCUUAUGCAAAGAGGCUUGUUGACUAUGAUAGAAAUGCUGCAGCAAGGACUAAAGUUUAUGAUGACCAAAGUGACUAUUAUGAAAUGGAAGGAAACAGUUGGCUGUCUUCAAAGGAGAGGUCAGUCCUAAAGCAGCAGCAAGAGGAAGCUGAGGAAGCAGCUAAAAGCCAAAAGGAGAAAGUGAUUGUUACAUUUGAUUUGGUGGGCCGUAAGGUGAUUUUGAACAAGGAUGGAACUACUGAGCUGGAAACAGAGCACCCGAUCAUGCGACCGUCUGAAGAGAAGGAUCAGAGCCACCGCAUACAGCCCAACCCCACAAUCAGAGAGCAACCGGUGUUUGUCGAAACAGGUCCAGUUAAGCCAAAACCGACCGAGCAAAACAGAGCAAGAGACGUGCCAAGAAUGGUCUGUGCCUGGAGGCACGUGAAGGGGAUGAUGUUGAAUGCUCCCCGGAUUUUGACUGAGCCUUUACUUAAGCAAAAUCAUGGUGAGAUCGAAUGCAAGUUUUCCGCUUCGUUCUACACGAACACGAUGUGGCCUACGUCUUCGUCUCGUUACUCACAUCAAUCACCUUCAAGCUCUGUGCCUGGUUUCUCCAAUGACGCCCCGAACUUCGUCACCAAUAGCCAACGUCCUGCCACCUUGUUGCCUUGCUCACUCGCCAUCACCAUCGGUGGUUCCUUGCCGCCUGACGGCCAGAAGUUGAAGACGACCGCUCAUAGGCCGUAUGGGGCCGAGGAUCAAGCGGAGGGAACAUUGUGUGAACAAAAACAAUAUUGUAUUUUAUAG